GGAAAGUUCACUGGAAAGCAGACACGUAUUUUGACGUUUAUUGUGAAAUCAAAAUAAAAUUCAUGCUCUAUUUUCUCGCGCUUUUUCACCAAUUUCCCAAAGGUGUGAAGGAAAAUUAAUUGAACGUGUGAAGUUUGCCUGGGUGAGGUCCUGCCAAAGUGGCGCGAAAAGGCGACGGGAUGCGUCGAUCUCAGGGCUACAGCUACCAACCGCUGCCCCAGAGUGCUCCCUCUACGAGUCACGAUGCCCUCGAGGAGGAGAAUGAGCGCAUGGCGGAGGAGUUGAAGGGAAAAAUUGGAGCACUCAAAACCCUCACGAUUGACAUUGGGAAUGAGGUGAGGCAUCAGGAUCGCCUCCUGGCCGGCAUGGAUGACGACAUGGAGUCUACUUUUGGUGUCCUGAAGAACACCAUGGGCCGCGUACUGCGCCUCGGCAAGGGCGGGCAUCGAAACUACAUGUGCUACAUGUUCCUCUUUGUUCUGGGCAUCCUCCUGCUCCUCUAUGUUGUCCUGAAGUUCAGAUGAGGCUCCUCCGCAGCUUGAAAUUCCCCCAUAGAGGAAUAAUAUGUAUAUGAAACAUUUCCUUCUUUUUUUUGAACCCUCUUCCGGAGGGGGUGGGAGUAUUUUAAAGUUUCCUGUUUGAAGCAUUUUGGAUUGGAAAAUAAUAAAUUGAUGGAUAUUGAAAAGUU